UGCUCUACCGAUCUGUGCCAGUUCUGAGCUGAGCGUUGAAUGGCGGCCGAAGAGGACGACCCACGACGGCAGAACCAUCACGGAAGCCUCGCAGCAAGGAAGAUCCGCGGGAGGCCAAGGCACGGGACCGAGCUCGGAUCCCGACUCCCGAAAGAGUCAUUCACCUCGCCCAGGCCCGGCACGUCAGCCAGACCCGCUUCCCGACCAAGCCCGACACGCCCCGCUCCUCAGAGCCAAUCCUUAUUCCGAAGUUACGGAUCCAGUUUGCCGACUUCCCUUACCUACAUUAGUCUAUCGACUAGAGGCUCUUUACCUUGGAGACCUGCUGCGGAUAUGGGUACGAACCGGCGCGACACCUCCACGUGGCCCUCUCCUGGAUUUUCAAGGUCCGAGGGGAAGAUCCGGACACCGCCGCAACUGCGGUGCUCUUCGCGUUCCAAACCCUAUCUCCCUGCUAGAGGUUUCCAGGGAACUCGAACGCUUAUACAGAAAAGAAAACUCUUCCCGGAUCUCCCGACGGCGUCUCCAGGUCAUUUUGGGUUACCCCGACGAACACUCUUGCGAGAGCCCGAAUUGUAUGCGGUUCCGCUGCCGGGUUCCGGAAUAGGAACCGGAUUCCCUUUCGCCCGACGGGUGUGUAUCAAAUUAAAUUAAAUUUAAUAUUUAUGAAUAUACACCGUCAUUGACAUAGGAUUUCUCCUAGGGCUUAGGAUCGACUGACUCGUGUGCAACGGCUGUUCACACGAAACCCUUCUCCACGUCAGUCCUCCAGGGCCUCGCUGGAGUAUUUGCUACUACCACCAAGAUCUGCACCGACGGGGCUCCAGGCAGGCUCACGCCCAGACCCUUCUGCGCACACCGCCGCGACCCUCCUACUCGUCAGGGCUUCAUAU